ACCCGAGCUUGUGCGAAGCAGGGAGAGGACGUGAAGUGCAUGCUUAAAGCGCUGCUGCGUAUUAAAGUAGAAUUUUUAUUUCCUUUCCAAAAGAUGAGUCGUGGAUAUUCAGAAAACAACAAUUUCCUGAACAAUAACAGCCAAAUGGUGUUGGACAUGCUUCUUUAUCCAUUAAUUGGAAUCCAUCAGACGAUUAACUGGGAAACUGUGGCAAGGCUUGUUCCUGGAUUAACGCCCAAAGAGUGUGCAAAAAGGUUUGAGGAACUAAAGAGCAGUGGAAGCUCACCUGUUGACAACCGGUAUAGUCCCCUAAUGGCUGGAGAGAGUCCUGUUGAAACUUUAGCCACGUAUAUCAAAUCCUCACUUCUUGACACACACGGAGAAUUUCAGGAGGCUUCUGUUGAUCAGGAUGCAGUUUCCAAAACAGCUUCCACAAGGAAUUGUUCUUCAGAAAGUGAAAAUUGUACUACUCGUAAUGGUGGAGCAAAGACCGAAGAAUCUGAAGGGCCAAAUAUGGUGAUCCAUGUAUGUGAUGAAGCAAAAAAUUUGAAAGAAGAUUUUAUUUGCCCACGAGACCUUUUGAUAUCAGAAAUGAAGUACUUUGCUGAAUAUUUAUCUAUGGAUGCCCAGCGCUGGGAAGAGGUUGACAUUUCAGUUCACUGUGACGUUCAAAUUUUCAACUGGUUGAUAAAAUAUGUUAAAAGGAACACUAAGGAGAAUAAAGGUUGUGAGAUGCCCACUUUAGAGCCAGGAAAUGUCAUUUCAAUUCUUAUUUCUUCAGAGUUUUUGAAAAUGGAUUCAUUGGUUGAACAAUGUAUUGAGUAUUGCCACAAAAAUAUGAAUGCCAUAGUAGCUACGCCAUGCAACAUGAACUGUAUUAAUGCAAAUCUUAUCACACGUAUAGCUGAUCUGUUCACACACAAUGAGGUUGAUGACUUAAAAGACAAGAAAGAUAAGUUUAGGAGUAAACUGUUUUGUAAGAAGAUUGAGAGACUAUUUGAUCCUGAGUACUUGAACCCAGAUUCUCGGAAUACUGCAGCAACGCUGUACAGAUGCUGUUUGUGUAAGAAAUUUUUAACAAAAGAAACAGAAAGAAGAAUUUCUUGCAUUCCUGGAAAAAUCAAUGUGGAUCGACAUGGAAAUCUUGUGUAUAUUCACAUAAGAGAUAAGACUUGGGAUGUUCAUGAGUAUUUGAAUAGUCUUUUUGAAGAAUUAAAAUCUUGGAGAGAUGUAUAUUGGCGCUUGUGGGGAACAGUCAACUGGCUAACUUGUUCGAGGUGUUUCCAGGUUUUCCUCUGCACAGAAUUUUCACAUUGUCAGUAUCACUCAGAAGCGGUGAUUUAUCCUCCUGCAGCCAGUUCACUUAGUACUGUGGGCACUGGAAUUUAUCCCUGCUGUAACCAGAAGGUCCUUCGGUUUGAUCCUACUCAGUUUACAAAGGGUUGUAAAGUGAGGGACCACAUAGUUGCUCUUCAUGAUCAAGAUGAAGGUGGAAGUUCGCUGUCCUAUCCAACUGCUAGAAUACUGGAGGAUCUGCACAAACACAAAGAUGUCAUUGUUGUGCCUUUUUCUAAAGAUACAGUUAGUGAUUUUGGGGUUGGUCCCUAUGAUGAGAAGGGUCUGGACUGUGAUAUUUUACUGGAGCCAAAUACACCAUGGGGCCCCAAAAGUGGGGAGCUCAAUGCUUUUUUAUCACUGAAAAACUGGACUCUGCAACUGAAACAACAGUCAUUAUUUUCAGAAGAGGAAGAAUAUACCACCGGAUCUGAGGUCACUGAAGAUGAAGUUGGAGAUGAAGAAGAAGUAUCCAAGAAACAAAGGAAAAAGGAGAAGCCAAAGAAGUUCACUAAACAACCAAAAAAGCAGAUGUCUUCACCCUGUGGUCAGAGGAAAGAAAAGACACCGGAGAAGUCAACUUCUAGAGAUGUGUCUCCUUUCCUUGUGAGUAUGCAGAAGAAUAAGUGGGAUGUCACAAGAUCCUUGAGAUUCAACCAGGAUGCACAAAGAGAAGAUGAUCAGCGACGGAUGUCUGAGAUUACAGGGCACCUUAUAAAGAUGAGAUUGGGUGAUCUGGACCGAGUCAAGUCAAAGGAAUCAAAAGAAUUUGCAGGAGGUAUUUAUUCCAGGCUUGAAGCACAAAUCAAGGCCACAGUGCCAGUCAGUGUACGGCAGGGAAGCUCCGAGAAAAACACGAGGUCGAAAAACCGUUUUGGUCCAGGGCGUCCUGCAUAAAACACCUUAGUGUGUAACUACAGAGGCAGCAGACACACCUCCGGACAUCCGAAGUUGCUCAUCUCUUGGAGAUCUUCAGAACGAUGACUUCUAAAUGUUUUAAGUUAUUUAUUAAUUAUUCUUGCAAACAUCAUAAAUCAGAAUGCUAAGGGAAGCAUAUAAUUAGGUCUUAUGAAAUCUAAUUGUAAAUAUGAAAUUCUUACCUAAUUUUCUUUUACUGUGAUGCUAGGCUAUAUAGAAAAUUAGUAUUUACAAAUUAGUUUAGAUUCCUAAUAUUAGUUUAUUUAUUUGAAAGAGAAGAGGCCUAAACUCUUGAGUAGCUAAGAUCUCUUAAGACCUUAAAAAAUUAGGCGAACACACCUGGUAGUGGUACCAUGCAUGUGCACCAACUUUGGCAUGUCUCCUAUGAAUUGUGGGGUAGCGUUGAGCACUGCAGUUUGUGUGAUGAAAUUCUCAGUGAUGCUGAUUUUAAGUUUGCAUGAAUAUUAAGGAGGGAUGGAUCUCAAGACUGCAUUAAAUAAAGUGUCAUGGUGAGGUAUGUCUUGUGUUGGGCAGAAGGGUUAAAUGCUUUCAGUGUUAUUCCAUGGAAAGCACAAUGUCAAUCCAAUUUUUUUCCUUUUGUUUUUUAAUGCUUACCUAUUGGUCAUCUGAGCUGGAAUUACUGAUUAUUGACUCUUUCUCUGUAAGGCUAGUGCCAUCCUGAAUUUGUUAAAAUAACCAUUGAUAUUUUA